AGGGAGUGUGGAUCAUGCAUGUGCAUUAACUCCAGUGGCGGCGCAGCAGUUGCAGCAGCAGCACAGGAGGCAGUGAGAGGGAGGAAGGCAGAGGAGGAGAGUUGGAGGGAGGCUGCUGUAGGAACAAAAGCUGCAGAGGAGCACUCUCCAUCGCCACUAAAAGAGCAGAGGUGUAACAGAGGAAGGAAGUGGGGGGUGCUCAUGAUUGUAGUGAGACAAUAACGCAGGAGACGAGGCAUCCUGUAGUUAGCGAGGACUGAAACCAAGGUCUUGUCUGCUUUCCAUGUUUUUGGGCUCCCUCGUUUCCAAAGCCACAGGACAAUGUCUGUAUCGGGGAAGAAGGAAUUCGACAUGAAGCAGAUCCUAAGGCUCCGCUGGCGAUGGUUCAGCCACUCAUCCCAAGGUUCGGCCGGAAGCGGCGGCGGCGGCGGGGUGGGAGGUUAUAUCCAGCAGGAUGACCACAGAGGGAACUCCGUCCAGGGACGGCUCAAGAGCCACUCGCGAGAAAGAGGAGGACUACGGAAGUCGAGCAGCCCGGCCCACAGCAUCUUGGCACCUACGCCUGUCUGUGUCAGAGUGGGUCAGCAGUCAUGGCAGCAGCAGCAGCAGCACACCGUGCCGGGCCUUCAGGUCAACGAGGACACCUCCAAGAACACCUCCUCGCCCAGCACGGCCAGGAAGGAGGAUGCCAACACGGGCAAAGAAGAUGUGAAGAGCAGCACGGAGGAAACUGCAGAGGUGGAGGCCAGAGAGAGGUUGGCUAUGAGCACCUUGACCAGAAUGAACACCAACUCUUCAGACGAAUUCUUCCAGGCCACAAAUCACGCCGAGCAGACCUUCCGAAAGAUGGAGAGCUACCUGCAGCAUAAGCAGCUGUGUGAUGUCCUCCUCAUAGCGGGCGAUCACAAGAUACCUGCUCACAGACUUGUCCUGAGCGCCGUCUCCGACUACUUUGCCGCAAUGUUCACCAACGACGUGAGGGAGGCCAAGCAGGAGGAGAUCAAGAUGGAGGGGGUGGAUCCAGACGCCCUCACCUCCCUGGUUCAUUUUGCCUACACUGGUGUCCUUGAGUUGAAAGAGGAAACCAUCGAGAGUUUAUUGGCAGCAGCUUGCCUCCUGCAGCUCUCACAAGUCAUCCAGGUUUGCUGCAACUUCCUGAUGAAGCAGCUUCACCCGUCCAACUGCCUGGGAAUACGCUCCUUCGCCGACGCCCAGGGCUGCGUGGACCUGCUCAACGUGGCUCACCACUUCACCAUGGAAAACUUCCUGGAGGUCAUUCAAAACCAGGAGUUCUUGCUGCUCCCCACGGCUGAGAUUGUUAAGCUGCUGUCCAGCGAUGACAUCAACGUGCCCGACGAGGAGACCAUCUUCCAGGCCCUGAUGAUGUGGGUGAGAUACGACGUCCAGAACCGGCAACAGGACCUCGGAGUGCUUCUCUCUUACAUCCGGCUGCCUCUUCUUCCUCCACAGCUCAUUGCAGACCUGGAAAACAACAAGAUGUUCGCCGAUGAUCUGGAAUGUCAAAAACUGUUGAUGGAGGCCAUGAAGUACCAUCUUCUGCCUGAGCGCCGUCCCAUGUUCCAGAGCCCAAGAACCAAACCCAGAAAGUCCACAGUGGGGGCUCUGUAUGCGGUAGGAGGGAUGGACGCCACCAAAGGCUCAACCACCAUAGAGAAGUAUGACCUGAGGACCAACACCUGGGUCCCAGUUGGGGUAAUGAACGGACGCCGACUGCAGUUUGGUGUGGCCGUGAUAGACAACAAGUUGUAUGUGGUCGGUGGACGAGAUGGACUCAAGACGUCCAACAUGGUGGAGUGUUAUAAUCCUGUCAAUAAAGUGUGGUCAACCAUGCCCCCCAUGUCAACACACCGACACGGACUUGGUAUCGCUGUGCUGGAGGGCCCCAUGUACGCCGUUGGCGGCCAUGACGGAUGGAGCUAUCUCAACACAGUGGAGCGCUGGGACCCGCAGGCCCGGCAGUGGAACUACGUGGCCAGUAUGUCGACACCACGGAGCACCAUGGGAGUCACUGCGCUCAAUGGGAAAUUAUUUGCAGUCGGAGGCCGAGACGGCAGCUCAUGCCUGAGGUCCAUGGAGUGCUUCGACCCUCACACCAACAAGUGGAGCAUGUGCGCCUCCAUGAACAAGCGGCGAGGAGGGGUGGGCGUGGCCACGUACAACAACUUCCUGUAUGCCGUGGGAGGACACGACGCUCCCGCCUCCAACCACUGUUCCCGACUCUCGGAUUGUGUUGAGAGGUAUGACCCGAAGACAGACACGUGGACCACUGUGUCCUCCCUCAGCAUUCCUCGGGACGCGGUGGGCAUUUGCCUGCUGGGAGACAGGCUGUACGCUGUGGGCGGAUACGAUGGGCAAUCCUACCUGAACACUGUUGAGUCAUACGACGCACAGAACAAUGACUGGACAGAGGAGGUCCCCCUCAACAUUGGCAGGGCAGGUGCCUGCGUGGUGGUGGUGAAACUGCCUUGAGCGCUUUUUGUCCCACGCCUGCAUGAUACAAACAAAUGAUGAGGAGAGGACAAGCAAAACAACAAGGACGCGUCCUCCGAGAGACCCUUUGUUUUUGUUGUUCUUUUUUUUAUCCCUUCAGCUUUCCCAGAUUUUUGUGAGGAGAAAAACACGAGCGAGGCCUCUCCCCCACCAUUUGCCCAUCGGGGAGGACCCGCUCCCAAACUGGAAUGUGCAUUCUUGACAUUCUCAACCGAUCAAGAAUUUUUACAGACUUGGCGAAGCUGCAGCGAAUCAGUGCCAAGAGGUUGAAGUAUUGCUUUGUUAUUCUGGUUUUACACAAAUCUCUCUGCGUGAAAUUAACCGAACUACAUGUUUAUACAAUAACAUUUUCCUAUAGGUGCCAUUUCAAACUGUAUAUUUUUGGGCUACUUUUUCCAUUUACAGCCACUCAAACAAACAUGUCACUGUGAACAAUGAGAACAUGAAAAAUGUAAUCAAGCUUUUUGUUAAAUAAUAUAAAAAUAAUACAAUAAAAUAAAAUGUUUCUUAUGGAGCUUGUAGCGUGACACAACACCAAAGUAAUUUGCUUGUCGUUAGAAGUGCUGAAAGCAUUAAAUAAAGGUUUACAGAAUUGUGAAUUACAAAAGAUAUAUCAUAUUGAUAUGUCACUUUGCUACAUUUGCGUCGAAGCUCAGAUAAGUGUGGUUUAUUAUUUCCUACAUGCAAUAGCGGAGUGAAUGUAUGAUUUGAUUUUCACUGUAGUAGGCGAUAUAAUCAUGUUUACUGUGUGUUCUGUACAUGCCUUCUAGGGCCACGCUGAUGAUUAUCACAUAUUAUACAAGUUUAUGAUAUACAAUAUCCAACAACAUUGCCACAAAUGUCAUUUUUCAUUACAAUUUUAUCAUAUAUUCUGCUCAUAAAUGUAUCUUGGGAACAAUUUGUAACUAUAAUACGCUUUGUAGCGCAAAUGUGCUUUUUAUGUUUUUAUUUUCUCCUUUUGUAUGGCACAGGGGUGUCCAAAGUGUGGCCCGGGGGCCAUUUGCGGCCCGUGGCUGUUUUUUUAUUGGCCCGAGGCACAUUCUGAAGAAGAAAACUUAAAAAAAAACCCAGCUAAAAUGGAAACAUCGGCAAUAAUAUAAAGAAUUAAAUCCAAAUUUUAAAACAAAAAAGUCGCCAUUUUACGAGAGUAACAUUAUAAUAUAAUGAGGCAUUUUAGUGGCAGAAAAUUGAAAUAUUAAAGAUAUUUUUUUGUGUUUUUUUUUUAAACAACAAAUAAAGUUUUAAUUUUUGGAAAAUUACGUUGUGGAAAAAGUUGUAAUGUUAUGAGAAUAUAGUGAAAAUAUUAUGGGAAUAAAGUCAUCAGAAUAUUUCCAAAAAAAAAGUUGAAAUAGUUGGAAAAUUUAAAAAAAAACAGCAGAAAAGAGAAAAACAGCUGUAAUUAGUCAAAUCCAAAAAGAAAAAACUGUAUUCUAAUGAGUAAAAAAAAAAAUAAUGUCAUUUUUUAUUAGCAUAGAGUUGAACUUUUGGGAAAAAAUGAUACAUUUUUAAGUCGUACUAUUAUGACAAACAAACAAGACUAAAUAAAGUUGGAAUCUUUGAAAAAUUAGCUUGGGGAAAAAGUUCGAAUAUUAUGGACCUACGGUCAAAAUAUUCAAGGAAUAAAGUCGUAACAUUAUGAAAAAUUACAUUUAAGAAGAUUUAGAAGAAAGUUGCCAUAUUUAGAAAAACUGCACAAAUGGGGGAAAAAAGGGCAUAUCUUAGCAUAUCUUCAUGUGUUGUUUUACAAAAUAUCAAAGUGGCCCUUGUAUCGUUCCAUUUUUCACUAUGUGGCCCUCACUGAAAAAAGUUUGGACACCCCGGUACUUGUAUGUUAACACCGAAAUAAAAUCCCUUCCGCAUGCGACAUUUUAAGAGCAGGACGUAAGCAGGUAUUUAUUUUCUUGCAACUGUAAGACAACAUGAUUUUCUUUUACCCAAGCAGCCUUGGAAGCUAUGAUGUCAGCAAUGUUCCUCACACUUUUUCUAUCAAACAUGAGCGUCUCAUCAACAGACCGAAGACCAACUGCUCCUGCUUAUCUUCGUCUCCCCCGCCCUCAUUAUUUACCCUCCAAAUGGAUUUCAAAGCUCCUCUGCAAACAACCUUCUGGAGAUUGUUGGAAAUGGAUUUUGCAUACAAAAUAUUGGCUUAAGUGUCAACAAAGAAUAUGUAAAUGUUUUAUACAGGGUGUUAUAAAACACGCAAAUUAUCCACACAAACAGAAGAGAAAUCAUUGUCACAAGCCAUGGCUCAACUGCUGUGUCUAUUAUUUUCCCUUUCUAUUUAUCAUCCUUUGCCAUAUCUUACAAGGGGAUGAUUAUAAACGUUCACCUGAUGUUACCUUGUCUGUGUUUUUCAGUAUCAUUAGUUGGAGAAACAUAAUUAUGCUGUUUUUAUUCCAUCCGACUCGCUGAAACUCUCAAAAAAGAACAACUUGUAUUUGUCGGCAAGCAGGAAAAGCAGGCCGGUUUGACCUGAUCAGUCGUAAUGUUUUAAGUACUUUCUGAACGUGAACUCAAAAGUACAACAUGACCACAGUAUUGAACGGCUAAACUUUUACAGGAUAAAAGCUGCAUUUGAUUAAUAACGCCAAAUAAAAAGAUUUUAAAGUGCAUAUGAGGAAACCCUGCCUAAUUAAUACGUCACGUGUAUCAUAACAAUCCCCACAUACUGUAUGCCCCAUAUGCUCAGCAUAGGGAUGACUUGCAUAGCACAUAGCCUUAGACGUUAUUUUCCCUCAACAUGUAAUUGUAAUGACAUUUCAGCAAAUCAUUGAUCAAUACAUGUGCAUUUGCACACUUAUUUUAUAUGUAUUUGUAUAUAAUAUAAUCAACCUUUUAUGAUACUGUGUACAAAAAAAACUGUCUCUGGUGUUCCUGAGUACCACUAGAUGGAGCCAACGUCCCACCAGUGGUACUGGUACCACAGUUUGAGAAUCAAUGCCCUAGCUCAGAAUCAGAUUGUACAAGAGGUUACCUUCUGCAGAACUGUUUUGUAGGCUCAUUAUAAU